AUGAAUAUUGUUGAAGAUUAUGUUGCUGUCGUUUUUGCUGGAGGGAGAGGUAAUCGAAUGUUGUCUAUUACUGAACAUAUUCCUAAACAUUUGUUGCCAAUAAUUAAUAUUCCAUUAUUUUGGUUCCCUCUCAAUUUGCUUCAAAGAAAUGGAUUUAGAGAAUGCCUUCUAAUCGUACCAAAAACAAAAACUGAUUCUAUAAAUAAAUUACUUUCUGAUGGAAGUUUACCAAGUCUUGAUCAACUUAAAGUCACAAUUUUAUCUUUUGAUGAUGAAGAAGAAGGAGCUGAAGAAUUUGGCACAGCUGAUGUUCUUUUACAAAAUUUGGAUAAAUUGAAGAAAAACGUUUUAAUUGUAAGCGGAGAUUUAAUUACCGAUUUGACAUUGGAAGGAAUGCUUAAAUUUCAUGAAAAAGAAAAUUCAGUUUUAACAUGUUUUUUAACUGAUUCUCCACUUUCUGGUGCUAUACCUGGAACUAAUGAAAGGCCUAAAAAAUAUAGAGAUUUUGUUAUGUUUUCUCCAGAAAAUAAUCAAUUACUUUAUCUUAUUGAUGAGGAUGAUUUUGGUGAUGACGAGAAAUUUCCUGCUUCUCUUUUUAAAAGCUCUCCACAUAUCCAAUCAUGUGCCAAAUAUAAAGAUGUACAUUUAUAUGCCAUUAAAAGAGAUGCUUUAAAUGCUCUGAAAAAUUCAAAAUUCUCAUUUUCUUCAUUAAAGGCUGAUUUUAUUUCAAAUUUAAUUUAUGGACAAUUUUCUAAAUCAAAAAGACGUUCACUUGGAUUUGAUGAACUACAAAAAUAUAAAUGUUUUGCUUAUUUUAGUAAUUCAAAUGAUUGUUCUUUUUUGGCUCAAUGUAAUAAUUUGGGGGCUUAUUUUGAGGCAAAUAAAAUUGUUGGUUUUGUUUUUGAAUAUAUUUUAGGAAUUUAAAAAGAUUUUUUGGGAGUUACUUUGUUGCAAAUGUUAAAGACAUUUAUUAGCAAGUGUGGGUGUUGACUCUGGACCAAGUCCUGGGUUUUUCCUGUACCCAGAGUCCGGGCGCAGGCAUUUUUUGACCUUCCUGGACUACAGGCCCAGGUCAAUAAAUAAAACCCAAAGUCCAGGAACAGGCCCAGGCUUUUCAAAAAUCUGGAUCUCUAUGUAGUAGAUUCGAAUUAAAAUUUGAGAAUUAAAAAAAGUUAUUCUACAAAUAAUUUUGUAUUUCCCUCCCUUAACAAAUUUUCUCUUUUAUAUUAGAUUAAAAAAUUCCUGCCAAAACUCUGUGACAAUUUGGAUUCAAAAUUUUUGGGAAAACAAACAAAUCAAAAUCAAUCAGAAAGUUGGAUUGCAGAAAAUACUCAAAUUGGCACAAAAUUUCAAUUAAAACGUUCUGUAAUAAGUGAAGGAUGUAUUAUUGGAAAUAAUGUAAAAAUAGAUAAUUGUUUAGUUUUAUCUAAUGUUAAAAUACUUGAUG